AUGGCGUCCCUCGACGGCGGGCGCGAGGAGCCGCGGAGACGGAGGCUCGUCGUCGGCGGGGCGCUCGUGCUCGGCGGCCUCGCGGGCCUGCGCUACGGCGCCGCGCCGUCCCUCGGCGUGUCCGCGCCCGCCGCGCUGUCCGCGGUGUCGUCCUACGACGAGGACCCCGCGAGCGGCUCGAGCGGCGCCGGCGACGCGACGGCGGCGACGGACUACGAGCUGCGCAUCCGCGUGAGCGACGACUACACGGACCUCUACGGCGCGCCGGCGAAGCACUACCCCUUCAUGACGACGAACAAGUACGACUACAUCGUCGAGCCCUACAAGCGGACGCGGCUCUACGUCGCGUGCGAGGCGUGCCCCGACGACGCGACGUACGCCUGGACCUUCACGGCCGACGACACUUUGGAGGGGUCCCACGUCGUCAAGACGUUCCCCGAGCUGUCGUCCUACCCCGUGACGCUGACCGCGACGGACGCCGCGGGCGCGCUCCUCGCGGCCGACACGGUGCUGCUCCUCUGCCGCUACGUGCGCCGCGAGAUGCGCGCGCUGACCGACGAGGACCGCGAGACCUUCUUCUCCGCCAUGGAGGUCGUCUGGAGCUGCCGCAGCGACGACAACUGCACGAACAGCUACGGGCCCGCGUACCGCGACAUCCACUCGCUGACGACGCUCCACGCGUCGCUCGCCGGCGACAAGUCCGACUGGUUCGGCGAGGUCGACGAGGACGAGCACACGGUCACCAAGGGCCGCUGGGCCUACAUCAAGGUCGAGACCGACGCCUGGAGCCACCGGAGCCACAACUCCUACGGCUACCUGCGGGCGCCGUGGAACAACAACCCCGCGGCGUACGUCACGCGGUCCCACGACCUCUGCGGCGUCAAGUUCGACAUGCUCCCGAGCUGCGAGAUCCACUACAAGCUCCUCAACGACACGAACUCCUGGUUCGACUUCGCGUGGCAGCUGCCCUACGCGCCCCACGGGCCCGUGCACCAGUACCUCGGCGGCACGCUCGAGUGCAACGAGACGUCCAACGACCUCGUCCACAUGCUCUCCAAGCACGUGUCCACGGACGACUACCCGAAGUUCGACUCCCAGCGGUCGGCGCUGCUCUACCUCGUGCGCACGGACAUGUUCCUCUCGCUGAAGAACCUGUACCGCGACGACCGGCUGACGAUGCCGAGCUACUGCUCGCUCGACACGCCCUACAGCGAGUGCCACGGCACGUGCGACGACGCGACGAACCUGAAGAAGGCGCUCCAGCACAACUACACGGACUUCAUCAAGACGUUCUGGGACCAGAUGUUCUCCUGGGACGUGACGAUGGGCCGCGAGACCGUGUCGUCCAAGUACCACUGGCUCGACUACGACCUCAAGGUCCAGGUCAUCGAGAAGCUCUGCGACGGCGGCAUGGGCAUCGACGGCGACCACCUCGAGAGCGCGUCGCCGCUCGACCCGAGCUUCUGGCCCAUCCACCCGACGAUGGAGCGCCUCUACAUGUACAAGAAGCUCACGAACACGUUCAUCAACGACACCUGGCCCGAGCACGACACGUCCAUCGCGUCCUCCUGCUACGGCCACAGCAAGCACGACGUCAUCCCCUUCCAGUUCUCCAUCAAGACGUCCGACGACACGAACUACACGCAGAAGUUCUACACGAACCACGAGGUGCUCGAGAUGGCGAGCCCGGAGAGCCCGACGCUCCCCUACGUCUACGACACCUUCGAGUGGAACCACUGCAAGGACGCCGGCUACGACUUCGACGACCUCAUCAACACGCACGUCGUCGCUGCCACUGCACGCUGCGGCAGCAAAACCAUGCGACAUCCGGCGCUCGCGAUCGUCCUCGUCGCCGCGGCCCACGGCCUCAGCGCGCCGCGGCCGCGGGCGACGCGGCGCGCCGAGGCGCACCGCCUCGCGGCCGUCGCGUCGUCGACGGCCGGCGGCGGCGGCGGCCCGCUGCGCGCCGCGGGCCGCUUCGCGGAGAAGCAGUUCUUCGUCGUGGGCAUGGGCGCGGCCGUCGCCGCCGCGGCCGCCGCGCCGGCCGUCGGCGUCGCCGCGGAGCCCUACGUCGGCAAAUACGCCGUCGGCCUCGUCUUCCUCCUGAGCGGCCUCGGCCUGCGCGUCGAGGAGCUGCGCGCCGCGGCGCUGGACCUGCGCCUCAACGCGGCGACGCAGGCGACGAAUUUGCUCUUCGUGCCGGCGGUCGCGGCGCCGGCCGUCGCGGCGGCGCGGCGGUGGUCCGCCGUCGACGGCCGCCUGCUCGACGGCCUGCUGGCGACGGCGUGCCUGCCGACGACGGUGAACAUGUGCGUCGCGCUGACGCAGUCCGCCGGGGGCAACGUCGCCGCCGCGCUCGCGAACGCGGUCCUGGGCAACUGCCUCGGCGUCGUCGCGACGCCCGCCCUGCUCUACGCGGUGCUCCGCGCGCGCGUGCCCCUGCCGCCGGCGGGCGCCGUCGUCGGGAAGCUCGCGACGAAGUGCCUGCUGCCCGUUCUGGUCGGCCAGGUCCUGCGGCGGUCGUCGCGCGUCGCCGCGUUCCAACAAAAACGAAAGCGGUCGCUCACGCGCGCGUCGGAGCUCGCGCUCCUCGCCAUCGUCUGGUGCGCCUUCGCCGGCGCCUUCGCGACGGGCUUCGGCGUCGGCGGCCGGGAUUUGGCGCUGCUCGGGCUGGGCCUGCCGCUCGCGCACGGCGCGCUCCUCGCGGCGUGCCUGGCCGCGUUCGGCCGCGCGUUCCCGCGGCGCGACGCCGUCGCCGCGGCCUACUGCGCGUCGCACAAGACGCUGGCCUUCGGGCUGCCCCUCAUCCGCACGAUCUUCGCCGGCAGCCCGGACCUCGCCUACUACUGCGCGCCCAUCAUGAUCCUCCACCCGCUCCAGCUCCUCGUCGGGUCCCUCGCCGUCGCCUUGAAGACGGCCAUCGGGAGCAAUAAAGUGCCGAGGCCAAACGACGGCAGCCCGCGCCGAGAAGGGGCUGGAGAGGCCUCGGACGCCGCGAUGAAGCUCAACGCGCGCGGCGAGGUCACGCAAAAGUACCGCAAGGCGGCGCUGCUGGACCGGGAGCUCGAACGAGGCAAUGAGGAGGAAAAGAAUCUCCAGGCGGACGCCGUCGCCCACGAGGCGCGCGUCGCCGCGGCGGCGCGCACGGCCGGGCGGCGGCGGCGCCUCGUCGGCGACGACCUGCGGCGCGUGACGCUCGCCUUCGACGGCCGCGCGGCGGGCGCGCCGACGGCGGCGCUCGGCGCCGCCUUCGAGCUCACGCUGCCCAAGUCCUGGGACGACCGGCCGUGCUCCAAGCUCCUGAAGCACUUCGCGAAGACGUACGCGGUCAAGUACCCGUCGGAGCCGCCCCUGCGCGUCAAGGGCCUGGAGCUCCUGCGAAACGACGGCGCGGCCGUCGCCCUCGACGCGCUCAUCGGCGACGAGGUCGGCGGGCGCGGCGCGCCGGAGGAGUUGGUGGUGGCGUUCACGGCGGCCGGCGGGAGCGCCGCGAACGCGCCCGUGGUCCUCGUGCUCGGCGAGGUCGAGACGUACGCGGGCCUCGCGGGCGAACACGAGCCCAAGUUCGUGACGCCGUCCUUCGUCAAGGCCGUCUGGCUCGAGGACGGGUCGAGCCAGCCGUCGGGCUUCGCCGCGGGCGCGUCGCCGGACGCGCGCAUGGACCUCUGCCCGGACCGCGGGGCCUACUACUACCCGCUCGGGUCGAGCUGCCUCAAGUACGAGAAGCGAGUCGUCAAGGGCUCGGGCGCGGCCAGGGACCUCGCGGUCGCCGGCCGGGGCUGGGCGGACGUCGAGGCCGUCGUGCGGAACGCGCUGCUCAUGGCCCGGCUCCACUGCGCGAAGCGCCACGUCGUCUGCGUCGUGCCGUCGCGGGCGACGAUCAAGCUCCGGGCGUCCCUCGUCGCCUUCUUCUUCGAGGAGCACGGCGCGGCGUCCGUCUGCGUCGCGCCGCUCGCCGCGUGCGCGAUGGCGCUCCGUGUCCCCGUUUCGGGCUGGCGCGGCACGGCCUGCGUCGUCGAGUGCGGCCACGACUCGUCCUGCGCCCAGGCCUACGUCGAGGGUGUUUUGGCGACGAGCUCCUGGACGCCGCGGGGAGGGGAAGGCGUGGCGAAGCUCUUCGCGUCGCUCGUGGCGCGCGCGACGCCCGAGGCGGCCGCGCGGCCGGGCGCGAAGACGCUCGCCGACCCCUGCCGGGCCCACGCGCUCCUGCUGGCCAAGAAGGAGCUCUGCUUCGCGCGGUCGCUCGUCGAGGACGCGCCGGAGACGAUCCGGGGCCGCGUGCCGCUGCCCGACGGCGCGGACGCGGCCGUCUCCGAGGAGUGCUACCUCGCCACGGAGCUGCUCUUCGCGCGCCAGGACGAGUGCCCGCUGCCGGCGCUCGCCGCCGCGCCGCCGCUCCACAUCUGCGCCGCGGACGCGAUCAAGCGCGUCGGCGACAGGCGGCUGCACCGGCCGCUCCUCGCGGGCGUCAUCGUCACGGGCUGCGACGACGCGUGCCACGAGGGCUGCGACGUGCGCGUGGCCCAGGAGCUCGGCAACCUGCUGCGGGGCACGGUGCGCGUCGUCGCGAGCCGCGCGCGCGCCUGGGACGCGGCCGCGGCGUUCGCCGCCGCGCUCGCGGACGGCGACGCGCACGCCAAGUGGGUCGUGUCGCGAAGCGACUACGACGCCAUGGUCGCCGCGCGGGGCGUCUACGCCAAGGACGGCUCGGGCGACGACGGCGGCGGCGACGACGUCGUCCCCAUGAAGCGCGCGUCGGGCGCCGUCGGCCCGCCGGGCGUCGACGAGAUCGUCGAGGAGCACGCGCUCACGGACACGCGCGCGGCCCUCGACGCGAAGUCGCUCCCCCGCUGCGAGAUCGCCCGGGCCGAGUGA